CCUCUCUGCCAUCUUGUCGUUGACGAAAGUGUACUGUCCUCGAAAGAGCUAAGGCCAAUCCGGCAACAUACACUGAAUAGAUUUGUCAUCCAAGACCGCUUUAUACUUUAAAUUAAACUAUGUGUACUCCUGAUGAAUUGGCUUGCACGUACAGUGCCCUCAUCCUUGCCGAUGAUGAUGUAGCCAUCACUGCCGACAAGCUCCAGACCAUCCUCAAAGCCGCUAAUGUCAAAGUGGAGCCUUUCUGGCCAGGUCUGUUCGCCAAAGCCCUCACCGAUGUUAAUGUCAAGGAGCUGGUCACAAAGAUUGGUAGCUCCGCUGGAUCUGGUCCUGCCGCUGGUGCAGGUGCAGCCGCUGCUCCAGUUGAGGAGGAGAAGAAGGAAGAGAAGAAGGAAGAAUCUGAAGAGGAGUCUGAUGACGACAUGGGAUUCGGUCUCUUCGAUUAGGCCUUGUCUGAACACCAAGAUGCAACAAAGACCACUAUCUGUAUAUACUUUUUAUGUACAGUGAAGAAAAUAAAUGAAAAAAUCCCUGAAA